GGCAUCCUGUCUCGGCCGCCGUAGUUCGCAUUUCCACGUGGGUGCCUCGUCGUAAUGGCGGCUUUUCGGAAGCCGGUGUUGCUCGGGCUUCGAGACACUGCAGUGCAUGGCCGCCCGACGGGGCCGGGCGCCUGGACUGCUAGCAAGUUGGGCGGCCUUCCGGACGCCCUGCCGGCGGUAGCAGCGCCGAGGCCAGUGUGUGAACGUUGCAGGCAGCCUCUUGCCCUGGUCGUGCAGGUGUACUGCCCGCUGGAAGGCUCCCCGUUUCACCGGCUACUGCACGUGUUCGCUUGCCCCCUCCCCAGGUGCGGCAGCGGCGGGGCGCGCAGCUGGAAGGUGUUCCGUUCCCAGUGUCUGCAGAUGCAAGAGACGGAGGCGCAGGACGCUCAGAAACAGGAAAACGGCCUUGCAGCUGAGGAUUGGUGCGAAGGUGCAGAUGACUGGGGGAGUGACAGUGAGGAGGCGCUGCCACCACAGCUUACCUUGCAUUUUGGAAAUGAUUCCAGCAGUGCCGAGGACACAGGCUGUACUGCCCAGCUCCAAGAUCUCCACCUGCAGGAUACCGUCAUGGGCGCUGCUCCUCCUCUUUCUCCUGGGGAAGAGACGGCCUUGUCUUCUGUGGCACCACAGUUCCUGCCCUACUAUAUCUGUGUUGUCGAUGAGGAGGAUUACGGGGACUUUGUCAGUCUGGAUCACGCUCAUAGUCUUCUGAGGGAAUAUCAGCGGAAGGAAGGAGUGGAUAUGGAACAGUUGCUUUCCCAAAGUCUUUCUAGUGAUGGUGAUGAAAAAUAUGAGAAGACCGUAAUUAAAAGUGGAGAUAAGAUAUUUUACAAAUUCAUGAAGAGAAUUGCUGCUUGUCAGGAGCAGAUUUUGAGGUAUUCCUGGAGUGGAGAACCACUUUUUUUGACCUCUCCUACAUCAGAAGGCACUGAGCUCCCAGCCUGCAGUCACUGUGGAGACCGAAGGACAUUUGAGUUUCAGCUUAUGCCAGCACUGGUCAGCAUGCUCAGAAGCACUAAUUUAGCUCCUGGGGACCACAGUUAUACUUUCUGGUUCUGUGAAUUUGACUACUUUAGAUACCUUAUAGAAGUGGAAUCAUAGUAUUCGUCCUUUGAGACUACCUUAUUUCACUUAGUAUCUUUCUGUAGAAUUUGGAACAGUUCUGAUUUACACAUGUGAGAAGAGUUGCUGGCCUCAAAAUCAUCAGAUUCCCAUGGAAGA